UUAUCUUUCAGCAUCCCUAGAUGAUGGGGAGCAGGCAAGUUUACAGCAAGCUGUUGAUCGGGGUUGGCCUGCAUCUGUACACCUGAUAGGAAAGGACAUAUUGCGGUUUCAUGCAAUUUAUUGGCCAGCAAUGUUAAUGUCAGCAGGGAUAAGCGUUCCUGAUGCAGUUUUUGGCCAUGGAUUCUUGACAAAGGAUGGCAUGAAGAUGGGAAAAUCACUAGGCAACACACUUGAACCAAAGGAUCUGGUAGGUAGAUUUGGAGCGGAUGCUGUUAGGUACUUCUUCUUGCGGGAAGUAGAAUUUGGCAAUGACGGGGACUAUUCAGAAGAACGUUUUAUCAAUACAGUCAAUGCACAUCUUGCUAACACAAUUGGAAACCUUCUCAAUCGAACACUUGGUCUCCUAAAAAAGAACUGCAAUUCCACCUUAGCUUUUGAUUCAAUUGCUGCUGCAGAUGGCAAUUCAUUCAAGAAUAAUGUUGAAAACUUGGUCGACAAGGCGAAGGGCCAUUACGAAAAUCUUUCGUUGACAUCAGCAUGUGAAACUGUUCUAGAAAUUGGUAACUUGGGAAACUUGUACAUUGACGAGCAAGCACCAUGGUCUUGUUUCAAGCAAGGGGGCGAGAUUGCAGAAAAGGCUGCAAAGGAUCUCGUCAUUAUUCUAGAGACAAUGAGAAUAAUUGCAAUAGCAUUGUCUCCAAUCACUCCAAGCCUUUCGUUGAGGAUUUAUACACAGCUUGGUUUCACAGAAGACCAGUUUCGUACAUCGAGAUGGGAUGAUACCAAAUGGGGAGCCCUUAAAGCAGGCCAGGCAAUGAUGGAGCCGAAGCCAAUUUUUGCGAAAAUAGAAACCGAAAUCGAAGAGAAAGAUCAAGCAAGUCCAAAGGAGGGGAAGGGCGGGAAGAAGAAAGCACGUAGCAAAGGGCUCGUGGAGGCAUGAGUUAAGCUUGUGACUUUGUGAGUACUGACUGGAUGGCUCCUCAACUGUAGAACCCAGAUGCCUGUUCUGCAAAACCAUCUCAGAUCUGAUGGUGUAGAUAGCAUAAAAGCUUUGGUGGCAAAGAAGGCUUUGACAUUUUGUAGAGAGAACUGAACUUAGCAAUUCUGUUCUCUCAGGUUUUGAAACUCAAAAUUGUACUCCCUACGUUCCAUAAUAGAUAACCCAACUUUGUAUUAAGGUUAAUACAAAGUUAAGUCAUCUAUUUUAAAACGGAGCGAGUACUACAUUGAGAUGGCAAAAUUGGUGCA